AAUUAAGAAGACAGUUAAUCCAUUGAAAUCAAUAAAUCUACUUUCAUACCAAUCGAGCUGUAAGAGGAAAACUGAUGUGUUUUAAGUUAGAAACUUUGAUAAGUUUAAUUGACAAUGACAAAUCAACAACCUACAAUUGUUAACGCCGCUGUUCGAACGAAACGUCUGCGAAUUAUUUCCAUACUUGGAAUCGUUCUUAUUACCACUGGUGUUCUCACGCUUGGUUUUAGCGUCAGUGUGUAUGGAGCACUACGUACAAAAGAUGCUCCAUUAAAUCAACAUCACACUUCAGUUCUUGCAUCGUUGUGGAUUAUUGCUACUGGAAUAUUGGCUGUGUGUAUUCAUUGUAGAACACACAGUAAAGGCUUAGUCGGGACGCUCAAUGCUUUUGUAAUUACAGCUAUCGUGUUUACUUUUGUGGCUGUUGCAACAUCAGUAGCUGGAGUUGUAACCUAUGCUGAGUGCAAAAAAAUAUCAAAUUGGAGUGGCAGGCUUGGUUUUUACGAGUACUACGAAGACAAGAUUUGCAGGAAGAAUCAUGAUUAUGGAGAAAUUGUAUAUGCAAUGCUUCUAGCACUACACCUGUUGCAGAUGGCAAAUUCAAUUGCAGCCACAGUGUAUGGUUUUAAAAUUUAUAACUGCUGUAGCCAAAAUGCAGGACAAGAAUCAAAUACUCAAAUGUUUCAAGCAGCAUCACGAGAUACAGUUUUCCAAAACACAAUGGCUCCACAACCGCAGCAAAACCAAAAGCUGGUUACAAGCUCGUCUGGUGAGCAAUUUAUCUUGACACCUGUCACAUCAAUGUCGCAACGCCCUCCAAUUGGUCCGCCAGUUCCAGGAAGCACCGAAAACGGGUACGCUGCCAUGCAAUAUUCCUACAAUAAUUUUUGAUUGAAUAAUGCACCGAAAUAAAGAUACUUGCAUGUCUAUUGUAAAGACAUGUAAAUUUAACAUAUGAAUUAAAAAAUCUCUAGAGAGAAACACUAGCACGUAAUGACAAAACAUAAUAAUCACUGACACUACACACUGUAAAUUUAUAAAUAAAAUACAUUCUUUCACAAAUGGAAAA